AUGGUUGACAACUUGAUUCGCAACCUGGAGAUCACUCUCCUGAUCCUGGAAGAUGCAUAUUCUUCGCGCGAGGAGAUGCCCUUCUGGGCCACCAAAUUAUUGACGCCGACUUUCAUGGCCGUCGCCAUCCUCACCACCAUUCCUUCCCCAGGUUCCACGCGGGUCAUCGUCGGAAUGACAGCCUUCACCAGUCUAUGGCUGUAUGUGCUCACCCACUGGGUAUCCGGUCCAGCUUUUUUCAUGGAUGCGAUCUUCAUGAUCUCAAUCACGGUGCGCUGGAUGCUAAUGUUCCUGACUGGAACUCCCGAAAUCGACUACUACCAGAACAGCAAAACAGCGACGAAGCUUGGCAGCACCAGCGCGGACGGAGGAAUCCUACACGGAUCAGAGUUCCUGAAUAAAGUCAAAUGGAGCGUGGAGUUGUGGUCCUGUUGGCGCGGCCAGGGUUGGAAUUUCGCUGACCAGCAUCUCCGACGAGGCGCGGAGCAGACUCAAUCUCGGUGGGAUUUCUUGAUUGCAAACGCAGGUAGAAUCCUUCUGAACCAGUACAUCUCCGACGUGGUGCGCAAGUACGCAUUCUGCGCGUUCUGGCCGGCUCACCACGCAAACGUGGCAAGUGUGGAUUUUCGCGCAUUGCCCAUACUACACCGACAUCUACUCGUUGGGGCUCAAUUGGUUCGAGACAGCCUCAUGCUGGACAGCGAAUAUCGCAAGGCUUCCCUGCUCUUCGUCGGACUGUAUCUGUCCACGCCGGAUCGCUGGCCAGGCCUCUUCGGCAGCCCGGUCGACCUAUUCACUGUUCGGAAUUUCUGGGGGAGAGUCUGGCAUCAGGUGUUCCGGCACAUGUUCACAAGGGCUGGCGAGGUGGUGGCUAGAGCCCUGGGUGCGGAGAAAGGGACUCUGGUCUAUAAGUAUACGAAGCUGUACGUGGGAUUCUUGGUAUCCGGAGUCCAGCAUUACGCGUGUCCACUGUUAAUUCCAUCUUUGCGCUAUGGCUGGGGCAUGUUUUGGCAGAUGCCAGCGUACGCUGCCAUAAUUACCCUGGAGGAUCUGAUCAAACACUAUGGCAGGAAAGCUGGGGUGCAAGAUAACGGUUUUGUCAGAGGCCUAGGAUAUAUCUGGACGGCAUACUGGAUGACCUUGAUUUACGCCCUACCUGUUGGUUAUGUGUCGGACAUUGGGGGGUUUGUAGGUGUGUGCGCAGCCUAA